CGACCGGCUCUCUCCAGACAGUCUAUUUCGCCAUGUCGGGUAGCGCUACCGAGUUGGACACGCUGAUUUCUGCCUUUGCUGAUAAUCUCGCCGUCUGAACGGAUCAACGCGGCGCCGAUCGGGAUACCACCUUCAUCGAAGCCGGCUCGAGCUUCGGCGAGCGCGACCGAGAGUCCGAACUCGUUGAAGGCCACGCGCCCUCUGGAAAAAUCCGUCUGCCUGCCUGGCUUGCUGCAGUCAAACGGGCCAGCGCAUGACGGCAGGCAUACGUCUCAUCCUGUUUGACGCCUUUGGAACACUGCUCAAGCCUCGUACUGCGCCCCACUCACAAUAUGCGGACGAAGCACGUCGGCAGAAUCUCGUUGUGAAGGAUAACGAUGUGCAGAGGACUUUCAAGCAAGCUUUCCGUCGCACGAAUGCCGAAUAUCCAAAUUACGGGCAGCCGCAACUCGAUCCCUCCAGAUGGUGGUCGCUCGUCAUAGAGCGCACUUUUGAGGAUCUGGUGACCGGGAACGAGCUUCAGACGGCUUUGCCGGGUCUCACAUCUGCUCUCAUCCAGCGAUUCUCAUCAUCACGAGCUUACGAACUGUAUGAGGAUGUUCGACCCGCGCUCGCUACAGUCAAGUCUGGAUGGCCAGGCAUCGAGCUGGGCGUGCUGUCGAAUACGGAUCCUUGCCUACAUGAUGUUCUCAAGUCGCUUGGUUUGUCGGACGAGUUCCUUGCUGUUCAAACGUCCUGGGCACUCCGGGUCGCAAAGCCAGAUCCGCUCAUCUUUUUGCGUGCGAUUCAAGACAGCUUCAGGCCCGAUCAAGUACUCUACGUGGGCGACGAUCCUGAGGAAGACUAUGACGCUGCUUGCAAAGCAGGUCUUCGGUCAGUCUGGCUCAAGAGGCCGGGCCUUGGCGCGAAAGGCUGGGACGAUCAAUUCGACGAAGAAUGUGCUCGUGAGACCAUCGCGAGCCUGGCUGAUCUGUCUGACUGGCUUCGUCAACAUUCGAGCUGACGCUCGCUCGAUGGGGAAGCGUCAUUUCCGGAUCGGCGCUGCUUCAGGUUGGGGCCUCUCUGCAAUUGCGGCUCCAAGCGGAUCCGGCUCGGUGCGAGCUCGUGCCUGAUGCUGACGAUGUCUGGCACAUGCACACUCCGUUGUGCUAAGGCAUCGCUCGACGAAUACUCAGCUGACUGUCUCGCCUGGAGGUACAAUGAGUGACUCUGCGGAGCCGCUCACGAUGUUCGCAUCUC